CUACCCUUUUCCAUGUUCUAGUAAGAAGCUAAUUCACCUUAGCAUUUAGGAUUGAAAAGUGAAAAGAGACAGGUGAGACGACUGUAAACGUAUCGUUUAUGGGACAAGGACGGUUCUGACGAGUGGGGAAAAUUCAAAGAAGAGCUCGGAAUGCGAAGAAAGAAACAUUGAUGGCGAAGACAGGGUGAGCUUGUUCCACAGAUCGCUCUCACUUGGCUCUCCCGUUUCCGUAUAUUUGGCUUUGAAGAAGCAUUUUUGGGGCAAGUUUGAAAACAAAGAUUGGCUGGAAGUCGGGAAAGUAGUGAUUCUCUAGAGUGAAAAAGGUAAAGUUUCUGGGAAUUUUGGCAUUGGCUUCUUUUGUGAACUGAAUUUUGGAGUUAUUCCCAGAAUUUUUGGUGAAUCUGGAAUUUCGGUGUUUGCCCAAAACGUACAUGCUGAUUAGGGUUGUUAUAGGGUUACUGCAACUCUAGUCAGUGAUCUGGUCGAUGGGUUUCUAGUCUUGAAGGGAUUCAGUGAUUUGGUUUAUUUUUUUCCCUUACGAGUGUUUGGUGAUCUGAGGAUCUGCUCAAAUUGUGUUGGUGAAUCUUUACUUCAAGGGAUUGCAGGUGUGGUGAUCGAUGAAAUGGGUAGAUGGGUUGGUGAAGUUUGGUGGUGUAUGGGCCAUUUGGUUUUGUCGUGGGGAGCUUGAUCUUUAAGCAUUGUUAUAGGGAGGAGCUUCCUGUUAACUGCUUUGAUGCGUUAGCCGUCUGGAUCAUGACUUAACCUUACAGGAGGCUGAAAACUUCCAUUGUUUCUCGUCUGACAGUUGAAUAACUCGACAGGGUACAGAGAUCUAUUGGGUGAGUUAUUUGAUGAAAUUCAGAGUUUGGGCAGUGAGUUGUGGGAACUGCAGAAUCAGAUAAGUGAUUGUUAUUAGAUUUUGGUUCAUCCUGAAUUUUGUUUUUGGACAGCAACAUUAGGAAUCUCGCAAAGUUAUCAUGGAUGGUUGGAGAUUUCUAAUGAUGAUGUAGCCCAAUUUGUUGUUUUGUACAUUUCCUUGCCGAUUAGAUGGCAACCACUUCUCCGUCUCCAAAUUCGCCACCGACUGCUGCCUCACCUGCAUCCAACCCACCACCUCCUCAGCCUUCCUCUCCUCCCCCAGCCCGUUCUACUUCUUCUCCAUCUUCUCAGCCCAAUGCAAAUCCACCGGACACCGGGACACCUUCUACUCCAUCCCCGCCUGCUCAACCUCCAAGCACAAAUUCCACAUCUCCUCCAGCCUCACCAUCGCCUCCACCGCCUACAGGUGGAAGUUCACCACCGCCUACAUCUCCUCCUCCACCUCCUCAAUCCAUUUCACCUUCUCCACCUCCUCCUCCACCUCCUCAAUCCAUUUCACCUUCUCCACCUCCUCCUCCACCUUCAAAUUCUCCACCACCAAAUUCUCCACCACCACCAUCAUCAACUCCACCGGAGGUUUCUCCUCCCACACCUUCAACACCUCCAAAGAAUUCACCCCCUCCACCACCCUCAGAACCACCCACGAGUCCACCUCCCCCUACAUCAUCACAGCCUCCUAAAAGUUCUCCACCCCCAUCAUCACCAAAACCACCUGAAAGCUCACCCCCACCACCAGCUUCUAAACCACCCCAAAAUUCACCGACGCCACAAACAUCUCCACCGCCUCAAAAUUCACCACCACCACCAGCUUCUGGACCACCCCCAGAUUCACCACCAUCACCAACAUCUCCAUCCCCACAAAGUUCACCUCCCCCACCAGCAUCAGUGCCACCCACUGAAUCACCCCCACCUCCUUUGAUUACUCCACCUCCUAGAUCUCCACCAGCUUCUCCGCCAUCCUCAAACUCUCCCCCAAAGGCAUCAACACAUCCACCUCCUUCCUCACAUCUAUCUCCACCCUCCCCUUUGCCUCAUCAAGUCCCAGCUCCAUCUUCAGGUAAUCCAGCUACCAAUGAUGCUAGUACCAAUGCAACAGAAAAAUCAAACUCCUCAGGUAAUGGGGGCCUUGGGACAGGAGGCACUGUUGCUAUUGGUUUGGUCCUAGGUUUCUUAUUGCUAAGUCUGAUUGGAAUUGUGGCGUGGUAUAUGAUAAAGAAAAAGAGAAGAACUUCAGGUCUCAAUGGCAUGUAUGUCAUGCCAACCUCUAUGGGCUCUUCCCCCAAAUCAGAUUCUGCCUUGAUAAAGGCACAGACUUCAACACCUCAUUUUCAAAGUGGUUCUGGCAGUGAUCUUGCAUAUUCACCAUCAGAGCCAGGUGGUUUGGGAAAUUCAAGAUCUUGGUUUACUUUUGAAGAGCUAGUUGAGGCUACAAAUGGGUUUUCGCCCCAUAAUCUUUUGGGUGAAGGGGGAUUUGGUUCUGUGUACAAAGGAUGCCUGGUGGAUGGGAGAGAGGUGGCAGUAAAGCAGUUAAAUAUAGGUGGGGGACAGGGGGAGCGAGAAUUCAAAGCUGAGGUUGAAAUUAUUAGUCGCAUACACCAUCGACAUUUGGUUUCACUUGUGGGUUACUGCAUUUCUGAGAACCGAAGGCUGCUUGUCUACGACUAUGUCCCUAAUAACACUCUUUACUUCCAUCUUCACGAAGAAGGUAGGCCAGUUAUGGAUUGGGCAACUCGUGUGAAGAUUGCUGCUGGUGCAGCUCGUGGAAUUGCGUAUCUGCAUGAAGACUGCCAUCCUCGGAUUAUUCACAGGGAUAUUAAGUCAGCAAAUAUUCUGUUGGACAACAAUUUUGAAGCCCGGGUUUCUGAUUUUGGGCUUGCUAAAUUAGCUCUUGAUGCUAAUACACAUGUAACGACACGCGUUAUGGGAACUUUUGGAUACAUGGCUCCUGAAUAUGCAUCAAGUGGAAAAUUGACAGAGAAAUCUGACGUAUACUCAUUUGGAGUUGUUCUUCUGGAGCUAAUUACUGGGCGCAAGCCUGUGGAUACAUCUCAACCCUUGGGAGAGGAGAGUUUAGUUGAAUGGGCUCGACCUUUACUUAGCCAUGCUCUUGACACUGAGGAAUUUGAAAGCUUGGCGGAUCCAAGGCUUGAAAGGAACUAUGUAGAAAGUGAUAUGUUUCGUAUGAUUGAGGCUGCUGCAGCUUGUGUGCGUCAUUCAGCUGCAAAUAGACCACGAAUGGGACAGGUUGUGAGAGCUUUUGACAGUAUGGCUGCCGCUGAUCUUACCAAUGGAAUGCGGCUGGGUGAAAGCGAAAUAUUUAACUCUGCACAACAAUCUGCAGAAAUUAGAUUGUUUCAACGAAUGGCAUUUGGUAACCAAGAUUAUACUACAGAUUUCUUUAGUCAGGGUAGUGGCCUUAAUCGAUGACUAGUGCAGCCAAUAUGGACAAGAUGAAUGCAUUGUGAAUCAGCAAGUUUUGUGAAAUCAGGCUGAAUUGCUAUUGGUGCAGAUGGAAUGGUGUCCUGACUGACAAGCCAAGCUGUCGAUUUUCCCGACUCGCAGAGCUUUGACUAUGUCAGAUGACGGCAGGACUGAGGUUGAAUUCUUGAUUAGAGAUUUUGUAAGUAGGUUUACUUGCAGCUUAUACAUAUUAGGUAUGGAUCUCCUAUUCACAGGGAAUUUUCCCCUGAAUGUACACAAACAAAUGGACGAUUUUGCUAUCAUUAAUAUAUUUGUUAUUUGUUCAUAA